CACAUAUUCACAUCAUGGUUGAGUUAUCAGACUUCCAGCGCCAGGAAAAGGUCGGUGAAGGUACCUACGGGGUGGUAUACAAAGCUCUCGACACCAAACACAACAACCGUGUUGUAGCAUUAAAGAAGAUCAGACUAGAAUCCGAAGACGAAGGGGUUCCAUCUACAGCUAUAAGAGAAAUCUCACUUCUAAAGGAAAUGAGAGACGAAAACAUCGUCAGAUUGUACGAUAUAAUACACUCGGACUCCCACAAGUUGUAUUUGGUAUUUGAGUUCUUGGAUUUGGACUUGAAGAAGUACAUGGAGUCCAUUCCACAAGGUGCUGGGUUGGGUGCCAACAUGGUUAAACGGUUCAUGAACCAGUUGGUGAAAGGAAUCAAACAUUGCCACAGUCACCGUGUUUUGCACAGAGACUUGAAGCCUCAGAACUUGUUGAUUAAUAAGGAAGGUAACUUGAAACUUGCUGAUUUCGGGCUUGCCCGUGCCUUUGGUGUACCUUUGAGAGCGUACACUCACGAAGUCGUCACCUUAUGGUAUAGAGCUCCAGAGAUCUUACUUGGUGGUAAGCAGUAUUCAACCGGUGUAGAUAUGUGGUCUGUAGGCUGUAUCUUCGCAGAAAUGUGUAACAGAAAGCCCCUUUUUCCUGGUGAUUCUGAGAUCGACGAGAUCUUCAGAAUCUUCAGAAUUUUGGGAACACCAACCGAAGAAAUCUGGCCUGAUGUGUCAUACUUGCCAGACUUCAAGCCAACGUUCCCUAAGUGGUCCAAGAAGAACUUGGCCGAAUUUGUUCCCACUUUAGAUGCCGACGGUGUUGAUUUGCUCGAGCAGAUGUUGGUGUACGACCCUAGCGGGAGAAUCAGUGCUAAGCGUGCUUUGGUCCAUCCAUACUUCCAAGAAGAAGAUGGUGACAACUACGACAGCUUCCCUAGAUCUGUCAACAUGGGUUAA